AUGGCCUCACAAAAGCAGACAUCAACCAUUACCACCCAAGAUGCGUCCAACAUCGCUCUGCAAGAGGAAAAGCCACACAUGAAAACGAUCACUGCCAACAAAGCCGAUGAGACUUUGAGAAUCGUCGAAGAGUAUGGCAGUGAAACAGCAGCACCGACACCCCAGGAGUUGAAAAAACUGACAAGGAAAUUAUAUUUCCGUCUGAUUCUGCUGUUAAUUGUCAUUGACUUGAUGCUUUUUAUCGACAAAGCAACCUUGGGUCAGGCUGUGCUUCUGGGUAUUAUGGAGGAUACCAAUCUCACCAAUGCCUCAUACAAUAACCUGAACACAAUCUUCUACACAGGAUAUAUUGUCGGGCAGGCACCGGGACAAUUCUUAAUUCAGCGCUUCCCCUUAAGCAAAUACGUCAGCAUAUCAAUCUUCCUAUGGGCAGUGAUUGUAUUUUGCCACUCAGCUGCAACGAACUACGCAGGCCUUAUUCCUCUUCGCUUUUUCUUGGGAUUCGUCGAGUCCGCCUUGGUGCCUGCAAUGGAAACCACCAUGGGCAUGUUCUUCACUCCACACGAGCUACACCAUAUUCAACCCAUAUUCUGGAUAUCGUGUGUGGGCUCCAGCGUUCCGGCAGGACUGCUUUCCUACGCUCUGCUUUUCAGCAAGUCCACCGUGAGCCCAUGGAAACUCUUCAUGAUCGCCACAGGAGGCCUGACUUUACUUCUCUCCAUUCUAUCAUGGUUCUGCUAUCCUGACAAUCCGGGAAAAGCUCGAUUCUUGACAAACAAGGAAAAAGUCCAAGUCAUCCAGCGAGUCCACGAGGCUACCAGAAGUUCCAUUGAGCAGAAAACCUUCAAGAAACAUCAUUUCUACGAAGCAUUGUCCGACCCUAUCACCUGGCUCUUCGCUUUGGUCUCAUUCUGCCUCAAUCUUGCCAAUAACCUUGCUUUCCAGAUGAGCAUCCUGCUACUUAGUUUGGGGGUUGGAAAUCUCGGAUCUACCCUCAUCACAGUUGCGUCCGGUGGCUUCGCGGUUAGUGUCGCAAUCGUAGCCUCUCUUCUUCUCCGCUUCUUCCCAGGCUACAGUGCCUGGUGGGCAACCCUCUGGGUUCUUCCUGCUAUUGCAGGAAGUAUUGGUAUGGUUGCAUUGGCCUGGGAUAAGACCAUUCCUUUGCUCGCCUGUCUUCUGCUUGGAGUCACAACCUGGGGUAUGACCUAUAUCAUCUCUUUCGUUUGGGCGUCAUCGAGCUCUGCGGGUUAUACGAAGAAAUUGACGCGCAAUGCUCUGUUUAUGAUGGGUUACGGCAUUUCCAACAUCAUUUCUCCGCAACUCUGGAAGUCUGGAGGUCCACGCUACUACGGCACUUGGAUUGCUCAGACCGUCGUUAGCUUUGUGUUGACACCGUGCUUCCUCCUUAUUAUAAGAUUUAUCCUAGUGAGAAGGAACAAGGAGCGACGAGUGUGGAUUGAGGAACAGGCCGCGUUGGGAAACUUUGGAGAGGGAUACGUUGAGGAAAUCGAUGCGGAUGGAAAUGUGGUCAAAACGAAGGUUGAUAUCUCGGUCCUUGACCUCAGUGACCUUGAGAACAAGUUCUUCAUCUACCCACUCUAG